AGUAACGAACGCACUUACUGCAGAGGCACCUGAAAUCACUGCUGCUUUUCUACUUUAAGCGAUGUUAUCCCGAAACAGAGUUAGGGCAGCAGCAUGGAGAUAAAUGAUGCUUUUUGCAGAACCUGACAGCAGCAGACCAGAGACAUGGCUGAGGAUGAGGUGACCCCGGAGCAGCUAGCAGCCAUCGCCGCCGAAAAUGAGGAGCCGGAGCCAGUGAACUACAAGCCACCAGCGCAGAAGUCUGUGAAAGAGAUCCAGGAGCUGGAUAAAGACGAUGAAAGUCUACGCAAAUACAAAGAAGCCCUGCUUGGCCCCGGGGUCACCGAAGCUGAUCCACAUGCUCCCAAUGUCCAGGUGACCCGUAUGGCACUGGUCUGUGAAAGCGCACCGAAUCCUCUGGUCCUGGACCUGCAAGGAGACCUAGAAGCCUUUAAGAAGCAGGCCUUUGUGCUAAAGGAGGGAGUAGAAUACAAAAUAAAAAUCAGCUUUAAGGUGAACAAGGAGAUUGUUUCCGGUCUGAAGUAUGUGCAGCAGACGUUCAGGAAAGGAAUGAAAAUUGAUAAAACGGACUACAUGGUGGGCAGCUAUGGGCCUCGCCCGACUGAAUACGACUUCCUGACCACGAUGGAGGAGGCUCCUAAAGGCAUGCUGGCCCGUGGCAACUACGUCAUCAAAUCCAAGUUUACUGACGACGAUAAGCACGAUCACUUGUCCUGGGAGUGGAACCUCAACAUCAAGAAAGACUGGAACGAUUAAAAAGAGGCCUUUGUGUUUGGGGGGAGUGUGUGAUGGGGUGGAUCCCUCCACCCCCACCCUCCUCCUUUCCUCAUCCUGUGUCCACCAUUUCUGCCUUUUUGGUUUUUACUUUGCGUUUCAUGCUCUCAUGCCUUAGUUCUGGCCUGAAUGUCUUAACAAACGCACCCUGCUAUCCGUCCAUUUCAUCACUACCUCCAAGACGUCUCAUUGGUUGCACAUGACCCUCCUUUGUUCACAGACCUGCUAUGUAGCACCAAGCCUCCUCACACCCAGUUCUGGUCCUCCUGAUUUUAGCUGCUUGAAGAGAUUAACCGUCCCCCUGCCUUCCACCCCGCCCCCAGAAUGGUGUCUUCCUCUUUCAGUAUGAAGUACAUGUGGACAAGCAACUGUACAAUCAACUUUUGUUUGCCUUUUUUUUUUUAUAUCUAAUUGUAUCAAUGGUUGUGUAAUGUGACUGUAUUCACAUGUUAACCAGCUGUUGUGUUCAUAGCUAACCCCACCGCAUCCACCCUUCCCUCCCUCCCAGUAGCAUUCCUUUGCUUGGUGUCUUUUGAUACAAGAACCGAUACCUGCCUUGUAACAACAGUUCGAUCGGAGCUGCUCUGUAGCACCUUCGCUAAAUGUAUUCACCCCUCCUCCCCCCCCGUAUCCAGGGGGUUGGGGCCAAAGUCAACAAGUGAGUGUCGAGUAUAAAAGUAGCUGCCUUAUGUUUAAGCUUAUCAAUGUGUCUUCAGUGUAUGAGCAGCACUGUUUUAACAGUUGGUCUGUUUCUGAAGGGCUUCGUUUCACUACCAUCUGUUGCCCUGCAGUAGUAGAGAUUGUUGAACAGGUUACUGGUAUGCAGCUCUGCACAAGCCCACUGCCCCCCCCCCCCCCCCAACCGUUCUUAAUUAAUUCCUGUAUGUUCCGACUGCAUUGGGGAAAAAAACGUUAAUCCAGUUUUGGCACUCUUGCUUCUCCCAGCCAUGAGGCCUUAGUACCAAACUACAGUCAUGUGUAGGAAAAUUAACAUUAUGUUAUUUUGUUUUUGUUGUUGUUCCCUUUUGCCUUAUUGUGCACCAUUCCCACUACAUUGCUCAUUCAGAUUGUUAAGAGGAGGUGUGGAGGAGGCUGAGCCAGGCACCGUCUGCUGCUGCCGCCGCCACUGCCGGAGACCUCGGCGGUGUCUGGUCUCAACCUGCUGACUGACGGGGCCUCGAGCCUUUUAACAUGAGCGACCCACCCAGAACACAAUAUCAGGUGACACUAAACUAACUAAUAAUGUUAAAUGAAAUUAACUCGUACUGUACCAGAACAUCUGGAUGCAAAACACUUUCUUCAUAUUGCUAUGUAUUCCUGCACCAUACAUUCCUUCACAUUGUACAGUUUCUAUGAAAACGCUGGCAUGCUGGUGGGGUUGUAUAUUAUAUCAUCAUUCGUGGUUGCUCUUGUUGGUCAAUAAAGAUUUUGCUCAA